GAUAGCGUUGGGUUGGGUUGGGUGGGGGUUGUGGACAUGAUUAAACAGAUUUUGGGGAAGCUUCCUAGGAAGCCGUCAAAAUCAUCAUCAUCUCCUAACGACUCAAGUCAAAAUGAAGUUUCACCAUUCUCAUCGGUGAACUUUAAUUCCAACAGUUAUAGUGUUACUGAUAGUAGUAAUAACUCAAAGGGUUCAGGAAAUGUGGGGAAAACAUUAAAUUCAACAAGUUCCGGUAUGUAUGAGAUCACUAGUAAUGGGAAUCAUGUCCCGGUGAAGCCGAAUCAAGGAAAAAAAUCAGUUCGGGUUAAUGGACAGGUGGGACCCUCUGUUACAAACUCUGUUUUAUCUUAUGAGGUUCUACCAAGUGUUCGAGAAGCCCCAAGCUCAGAAAAGCAAAAUCUUUUGAUUAGGAAGCUACAAAUGUGUUGUGUGCUGUUUGAUUUUAGCGACCCGACGAAGAAUCUGAAGGAGAAGGAUGUCAAGAGGCAGACAUUGCUUGAAUUAGUUGAUUAUAUUUCAGCUGUGAGUUCCAAGUUUAAUGAAGUCACAAUGCAAGAAUUAACGAAAAUGGUUGCUGCCAAUUUGUUUAGGACAUUACCCUCGUUUAAUCAUGACAACGGGCUACUAGAUAUGUUUGAUCCAGAAGAGGAUGAGCCCACGAUGGAACCCUCGUGGCCUCACCUUCAGGUUGUUUAUGAGCUUCUUUUGCGAUUUGUGGCUUCAUCAGAGACGGAUGCUAAGCUUGCAAAAAGAUACGUUGACCACUCUUUUGUCUUGAGAUUGCUUGAACUGUUUGAUUCAGAGGACCAACGGGAGCGCGAGUACUUGAAAACAAUUCUUCAUCGUGUAUAUGGGAAGUUCAUGGUGCAUAGGCCAUUUAUCAGGAAAGCCAUAAAUAAUAUAUUUUACCGUUUUAUCUUUGAGACUGAGAAGCACAAUGGAAUUGCAGAAUUGCUGGAGAUCUUGGGCAGUAUAAUCAAUGGAUUUGCUCUGCCUUUAAAGGAAGAGCACAAGCUUUUUCUUGUCCGUGCAUUGAUUCCCCUUCACAAACCUAAAUGCGUAGCCAUGUACCACCACCAACUCAUGUAUUGCAUCACACAGUUUGUGGAGAAAGACUUUAAGUUGUCAGACAUUGUGAUCAGAGGACUUCUGAAGUACUGGCCAGUCACCAAUAGUGGCAAGGAGGUCAUGUUUCUUGGUGAGUUGGAGGAGGUUCUGGAAGCUACCCAAGCUGCAGAGUUUCAACGGUGCAUGGUCCCUUUGUUCCGUCAGAUUGGUCGUUGUCUCAACAGCUCUCAUUUUCAGGUAGCUGAACGUGCUCUGUUCCUGUGGAAUAACGAUCACAUAAGAAAUCUAAUAGUUCAGAAUUGUGAAGUGAUUUUACCCUUAAUUUUUCCACUCUUGGAGAAAAACACCCGUGGUCAUUGGAACCAAGCUGUUCAAAGUCUGACGUUGAACGUAAGGAAGAUCUUUUCAGAUGCUGAUCAAGCACUUUUUGAUGAGUGUUUAGAGAAAUUCAAAGAAGAUGAUAUAAAAGAUAAGGAGGCGCAGGAGAGGCGUGAAUUGACCUGGAAACGCUUAGAAGAUGUAGCAGCAUCCAACUUUGUGAGUAAUGAAGCUGUGCUCAUCUCAAGACUUGCUUCCUCUGUUGUCAUUGACAGCAGCACCAAUUAACGACAAAUUUGGGUAGUUGAACCAUAGAUGAAGGCCCCAGAAUUGUAUUUUGUUACUUGGUGGCCAUAUCCAUGGCGUGUUAAGCUUAGCAGCAAGAUGAUGAAGGUGAUAAUGGUUUUUGUGGAUACCAAAUUUCUCUUAUAUUUUUCUCCAUUUAUGCUCUUUUUGGGCUGUGAGAAGGGGGCAGGUGCUCGACUCAUUGCUUUUGUAUUAUAAAUGUUUUAAGGUCUCAGAUCUAGUGGCUCUUGGGAUUUCAGAUAAAUAGUUAUUUGGUUAUAUUUAUCAAAAAAAGAAAUAUUACUUUGGUA